UUGCAAACUAGGGGCCAGGCCAGUAACAGGGGAAGAGAGCUAAGAAAACAAUCAAGAAGAUAUGUGCGGGGGAGCGAUCCUCGCCGAACUCAUCCCCACGCGGGUGCACCGGCGGCUUACGGCCGCCACGCUUUGGCCGACGGCUGAGAGGAGGACCACCACCGGCAAGAGGAAGGCCGCUGCUGACUUGGCCCAUGACGAGUUCGAGGCCGAGUUCCAGCUUUUUGAGGAGGACGACGACGUCGACGAUGAUCACAAGCCUACGGCUGCUCUGCGUGAAGCCGGAGCCUCGAAGUCGAAGGCCCCUUCCCUUGCUGUGUUCGCUUUCCUUGUGUUUCCAUGCACCGCGCGACGCGCGGCUUCAGGUGUCUCCGUGUCGUCGAGCCCCACGCGUCGCGUGGCCGUUCCAGGGACCAAGAAGUACAGGGGCGUCCGCCACCGCGCGCCGGGCAGAUGGGCUGCGGAGAUCAGGGACCCGUGGCAGGGGCGGCGCGUGUGGCUCGGCACGUACCGCACCGCCGAGGAUGCCGCCCGAGCGUACGACCGCGAGGCCCGCCGGAUCCGCGGGAAAAGCGCGCGGCUCAACUUCCCGCUCCCGCACGAGGGUCCCAGCAGCCGGAGGCACCAACCGCCGGUGAUCAUCGACCUGAACUUGCCGGCCGCUCCCGAUUAUCUCUGCGUCGGCGGCACGGCUGAUGAUGACACGAUGGAUGUCGACGCAGACGCAGACGCAUGUCACGCAGAGAUGGGCAGUGAGGCAGCGGAGAGCACGCUGAUGCGGAUCAAGGAGCUCAUCACGCAGGGUCCUCACGACGAGCAGAUGGCGAGCAUCGUGUCUGAGCUGAUCAACAGAGCGAACGGGAACAGGAGCGACGCUAGAGCAGCCAGGGUGUUGCAUUACGCGGCGGCGGCGGUCUCUGAUUGCAGCCGUCAGAUGGAAGAGGUUGCUGCCUUGAGGAGGGAACUUGAGAGCCGCGAGAGGCAGCUGAGCGCACAUAGAGAGCGGCUUGUUCGGCUGGUUUCUCAUCUGUUUGGUCGAUCGUCGCUUGAAGUUAGGAAACGUUAGUUUUACCAAUGAAUCGAUUAUGUACGAUUGUGAAGUGUGAACGAUGCGUUUUCUUGAGAAAGAACGCAAGAACAGUUAUGUCCUCUAGCAGCUAAAGUUUGGUUUGAGUGGGAAGAUUUUUCCAGGAUAA